CCACGUGCAGCUCCCCUGGCUGGGCUGGACCUUGGCCUCUGCUGCUUGUUGGCCUUCGUCCUUCGCAGCGCUCUGCCCAGACGCAGCCUGCCCCGCGCUCCGCUCCGCUCCCCCAGCCGCCCACCCGCCCGCCCGCCCUGCUCUCGCUGCGCUGGUCACUCUGAAGGGCGAAGAAGUCGGGACUUAGCGGUGUCCAGCGGGUUCAGUGACAACCUCUCUGAGACAUCGCCCAGCGCCUGGCUCCAGAUCGCCGUGCUCCACAUCCAGCCCCAGCUGGGGCCGUGCUGCGGUGAAACGCGCCUGGUGCAAGGAGCACGGGCCUGCACCUCUGUGGGUGCCACCCUCAGACCCUGGCCCCGCAGGGAUGGCAGCGACCUUAGUCCUUGCUGCAUCUCUGAGCCCGCCGCCCCUAUCCGGCCAGCUCAGCGGGCCAGGGGCUGCGCGGCGUGAGAGCCCGGCUGGGAUCGAGCGGGCCGAGCCGGCCGCUCUGGAGCCAGCAGAAAACAUCCCUGCCCGUCUGCUGCUGGGCGCUGCUGCCGGCUCCCCCUCGCCCUCCCAGCCAGCAUCGUGUCUGACUCGGCCUUGCCAUGGCAGCGCAGAAAGCCCCGUUUCCUCUGCUCGGAGCCUGUGCCACUGCCGUGAUAAAGGGGCUUUGUGUGAGCUGUGACAAUGCGAGGAUUGAUGCGGCUCCUUCCCCCGCUGCCGCGCUGUGAGUCAGACGCCCGCAGAGCUGCUCUGCCUUGGAGGUGGCACCUCGGUGACAAAGGCACCUUUCUGCCUGUCAUCCAAGGAGGGCAGGUUUGUGUCAGCCGUCACGGAACGAGCGAUGCACCUCCAUGGAGCUGUUCUCCAGGGCACAGCCAGCAACUCUUGCCUGUGCUCAGCCCCCUCCCUGCCCCUGUCACGCCUGGCACUUUGUUCCUGGGCUCGCGGAGGGGCUGGCGCUGCCCCUUGAGCGUUUCAGCCUCGGGCCUGGUUUGUAGCAGCCCAUCCCAGCCCGCAAGUGUAGCCGGCGAUGCUCUGCUGGCAGUACCCAGCGCGCCCUUCCAACGCCCUGCCAGCCUCGUCUGCACGGGCUGUCCGCCCUUGGCACAGUGGUGCUAGCACAGAGCCCUCGUGUGAGCGACCGGUGCAGCCCACGUGACCCAUGCUGGGCAGGGCAGCUACGGUGCGGUGCCGUCCCAGCAUUGACAGGCCCACAGAGACGCUGGUGUCCAGGAUGCCUGGUGUUUCUUUCCUGGUUCGGCAAGGGCCGCCCCCCGGUACCCGGCUAGAUCACUUCCCGUGCAAAGUCCUGUGAGCAGCAGCCCCCUUGCUUGCUCCUUGAGAGUGGGACCCUUGAUGACCUUACUCCAGGGCAGUGCUCGUGUUCCCUGGCGCCAACCCAUGCAAGCCAUUGCAUAGGCAGUAGCCUUGCCAUUGGGCUGCCGCAUCCCAAGCAAGGCGUUUGGAGAGGCAAGCUUGGAGGUAGGGCUGCAGCUCUCCUCCCCCUUGAGCUCCCCUGCUCCGGCGGCUGGGCCCUGGGCAGAGCACGUGCCCUGCUGCUCUUAUCUGCCCCCCACAUAGCGCAGGUGAAGAGCUGGCCCUGGGCUUUCUCGUGAGGAGGCCUCGUGGCGGCCUACAACUUGCACAGCCAGCUGCUGGCUCCAGAAAUUGCUGGGGGCUUGGGAGCAGCUGGGAGACGGGAGUUGUUUUUGAUCCUGUACCUGUGAGAGUAGCAAGUAUUCUGGACUGUUGGCUUGUGAGCGAGGGCCUGGGAGAUGCUGCAAGUUGCUCCUGAGGUAUGCUGCCUACUCGAGUUCAGCUCCACCGGACCCCGUGGCCCCAGGCCGCCCCAGUAACUCGCAGUGCCCAACCGGUCCCAGAAGCCUACGGCUUUCUGGGGCUUCUUUUUCAUAGGAAAAUCCCACGAGCAGUUUCCACCACGUCUGACUGGCUGCAGCAAUCCUGCACCGCUGCAGCGUAAACCUCAGCUCCCUGGGAAGCAUCCAGUGUGUCUGGGGCUGCAUCGCCCAGUGGCUGUGGAGGUGAGAGAGCCCCAAGCAUCUUGAGAUGCAUUUCUGCGCUGGCUGCUUAGACAAUGCUGGGAAACUCGGAAGGGAAAGAAAAGCUGGAGAGGGCGGAGAGAUGUCGACCUUUCCAGGACCUUCCCCAGGAAGGAGCGCUGUGUGGGACUCGGCCGCACCCCUGCAACUCAGAUGGGCGAGAGGGGCCCUCUGCCUCCGACUUGCAUGCGUUCGAGCCUCAGCAAGAGCGCUGCAUUUGUGUGAGGAGUUGUGCUGAACGCUCUGGUUGUAGGGGAGCUGGCUGGAGAAUGGCAAAUGCCUUCAGCUUUCAGAUUCAGCGUGCAUUUUCCAAACUGUGUAUGGGUGCCACAAGGUAAAUCGGCGAUCUGGAGGACCCUUCUCUUGCAUUUUGACAGCAGAAGACAUGACGUCUGAGACUGGGGGGGUGUUCUGGGCUUGCAGAAGCAAAUCGUGCUAUUUGUCACCUGUCAGUUCCCUUUGCUGUGGAUCUAGGUCACUAAGCCACCUGGGAAAGGAUUUAUCAGAAGCUUGUUUGAAGUAAAGGUCAUGUAUUGUUUAAGUUCGAAUGACAGUAUUUCAGGGUCACAGAAUUUGCACCUUCCAUUGGCGAGCGGUUUAUUGCAAAGCCUUUGAGAGGCUGCAGACUUUGCCUGGGAGCAGGUUAGUGUCCGUGCUAGAGGAGCAGUGCCCGCCGGCCGCAGGGCGCCUGUCCCGUGGCUCGUCCAGGCUGACCGCGGGAGGGCGCGGCGUCCCGGUGGGCAAGGGAGGUAAAACGUCGAGGGCUCAAAAUGCAAAUUCCUAUUUUCCAGGUUGCUAGGAAACAAAGCGAGCUGCGCCUUGGCUUGGCUCCAUGCUUGCCGGGAGCUGGAGCAGGCGAUGGAGCAGAGCUCUUCCCUGAUGCCAGCCCAGUGGCACUGUCUUCCGUGACACUGUCCAGGGUCCCUGCUCCUGCGGUCGGGAGCGCGUGUUAGACAAGCGUGCUCGGUGCAGCUUGCUCAGGCCCCAGCGGUGCGUGUUGCCUGCAGCGAGGUGUUGCUCUGACUGAGCGUUGCGAAGCGUAGAGUGCGGCUCCUGGCACCGGUACGCCUCAGCCUUUUGUAGAAGCAGAUCAGUCCAUGAUGCCCGAAGUCCGUGACCUUUCGGACGCCUUACCCGACCUGCCGAUGGACCCAAUCACCGGAGUCGGGGUGGUUGCCUCCCGGAACCGGGCACCCACAGGUUACGACGUUGUCUCACAGACGGCAGAUGGCCUGGAUGCCGACCUCUGGAAAGACGGCUUGUUUAAAUCCAAGGUCACACGAUACCUGUGCUUCACCAGAGCAUUUUCAAAAGAGAACAGCCACUUGGGCAAUGUCCUGGUUGAUAUGAAGCUCAUCGAUAUCAAGGACACGUUGCCUGUAGGCUUCAUCCCCAUCCAGGAGACAGUUGACACACAGGAAAUGGCUUUCAGGAAGAAGAGGCUGUGCAUUAAAUUUAUCCCUCGAGACUCCACAGAGGCUGCGAUUUGUGAUAUCCGAAUCCUGGGCAGGUCUAAGCAAGCUCCUCCGCAGUACACUUUUAUAGGGGAACUGAACAAUAUGGGCAUUUGGUACCGGAUGGGCAGGGUGCCACGAAACCACGAAUCUUCACAGCCCACGACUCCCUCUUCCCAAGGACCGGCUUCGACACCAGCUCCCAACCUCCCUAGGCACAUAUCCCUGACGCUCCCUGCCAGCUUCCGAGGCAAAGGCCACAGCACGCGACUCGACCUGGAGCACCAGCACUCGAACUUGUAUGCCAUCUCAGCCAUGGACGGCGUGCCUUUCAUGAUUUCCGAGAAGUUUGCCUGCGCUCCGGAAGCGAUGCAGCAAGUCGAUCUCCUGGGCAUCACGAUCAAAUCCCUGGCAGAAAUCGAGAAGGAGUACGACUACAGCUUCAGGACCGAGCAGAGCGCGGCGGCCCGGCUGCCCCCCAGCCCCACGCGGUGCCAGCAGCUGCCGCAGUCCUGAGGGCGCGCGGCGGCCGGCUCUGCGGAGAAGCGGUGCGCGUGCGAGGAUACUACUGAGCGGGCCGCCAGCCCCGGCACCCAGCGCUACCGGACCCCUUCUCAGCAGAGGACACGUCGCGAACGCUUGCCGCCCCUCCGCUGCGUUCCCCCCUCUCCCGUACGUGCUGUUUCUGCCACCCGGACCGUGGAGCCCUGCCAGCCGCCCUCGCCCGUCACCCUGCCUGGACUCUUCCUCGCUGUGCGUGUCUGAGCCAACAGCUCUCGAGCCCUCCCUGCUCCGUGCGUCCUGCUGCCCUGUCGCACCCGGCGGCAGUGACGUGCUGAGCACUGGAGAGCCCCGGCGGGACCCCGCUGGCAACAUCCCCGAGGAGCACAGCUAACCACGCAGCCGGUCACUCAGCAAACGGCAUCGCGCACCAGCUUGCAUUGGGCAUGCCCAGGUGCCCUCCUCAGGCAGGAUCGUCCGUGCCCUAGAGUCAGGAGCGUGGUGGCCUUCCCGGCCAAGCCCCCGGGAGCGGUCAACCUCUGCUUGCUGUUUGCAAGCCAGGCCACGCAGCAGCUUGCACGUGGCUCAGAUCCACUUGGAGCCUGCUUUGUUUCUGGCUCGUGCAGCGGGUCCCAUUCCCUGAGGCCCGGUCCUCAGUAAAGCAGAGUGGGUCAGGGGCUGCACAUCAUUGCACGAGGAGGUGGCGUGCCUGCUGUGUGCAGGGGCGCUGGCACUCCAGGACUCGGUGCCAGCAGCACACCAGCUGGACACGGGAACGCCACCCUGAGUCCUCCGCUGCCCAGAAGCUUUGCCGUGGCACCUGCCGCUGAAGGGGCGUUGGGACCUGCUGGGUACUCUGGGCAGUGUUCAAGCGUUUGCUCCUGCUGGCUGCUAAGAGGAGGAGCCGUGUGAGUCCUCGUGAUCGCUGCGGCCCUCCCGGAGGAACACGCUACUCUCAAGACACGGUGCGUGACGAGGCUGACACGUGCCGCUGGUCAGGAGCACGGUGCAUGGAGCCCUGACCUCCGCAGGCUGAUGGUCAGCAUCCCUAGCUCGUGUCUCAGUGAAAUGCAUGUCUUGGUGAAGUCUGUUGGUGUCGUAAGUUAUUUAGAAAUGUUCACCUGGUCUCCAUGCUGCUUUUCCAGUCUGCUGUAGAACAGAGCUACGUUACGGUGGCAAAAAAGGCAUUUUUUAAAAAGUAAGUGUUAAAAUGUGCAACUUUUUGUAUGAUAGACUAUUGGUUGUCUAACCCUAUUCAAAUGCAAUUGCCAUAGUAACAAAUACCGGUAUUGUAGCUCUCGGUUUGGGUUAUUUGGAUGCACUGACCUGCUUUGCACUGCUCUCGACUGUUCCCGCGUUUUCUAGUGUAACGCAAUGGUGACUAACGGUAGGUUUUAUACUGUCGGUUUGUACUUCUUAUUUGUACAUAUGUAAAAAUAUUUCUUGUCCAAAGAUCCAUUUCUGGUCUUAAGGCACCGUACCAUAUCGCUGUAACAACAAGCACAAAACUUCACAGCCUUCUGGGGAGCCACGCUCCCCCUUGGACUCUUUCCAAACAAGUAGCCAUUGUACAAGCUGCCUCGACGCUGGGCUGUGGAGGGGGAAUGGGCACACGUGGGUGUGGAAGGGUCACUUGGGCACAAGCAUUAAGGCCGUGUGACGCUUUGCAUCAGCUGUGUGGAGCCCUGGUGACCCCCCACAACAGCUGUGCCUGCCUUUAGGGCUCCACGGCAGCUUACAGGUCUUAUUUUAUCCUCUAGGAAAGCCAAGCCAGGCCAGGCCAAGCCUUGCUGCCCAGCUGCCCAAAGGCUAAUUGGUGAUGCUGACCUCAGCAAACGAGCGUGCCGCGGGAGCUGGCCCGGCCACGUUUGCUUGAAAUUCAGGUUCACUCCAUGCUGCAGCCAGAGGCCUGGCCCAUCCUGUCCUUCUCUCUCGCUUUCUUCCCUUCUGCUGUCCGGAGUUCCUCCCGUCGCACCCGCUCGUAACUCCUUCGCUGGCCGAGUCUCGCAUCUUUGGAGCAGCUUUGACAUCCCGUUGGCGAAGUUUAGCCCCAAGUGCAUCAGGAGUCGCUUAUGCCCAAAGCCAAAAUCAAUGUUCUUUUCUGUCUCUCAGCAGCGACGGUGGCUUGCGCCCCUCCAGGAGAAACCGAACCCAGCUUUUACCUCCGUGCCCCGUCAGGAACACUGGAUGUCCCCAGGCACUGGUAGGGCCAGGUCUCUGCGGCCGGUUGUACAGAUAGGUUUUGUCUUCUGCCUCCCUCCCCAGCCCUUCCCAGGUUGGUUCUGCGAUGCCUCUGCGAAGAAACGCAGGCGACGACGUCUCACGCGGGUGCUGGUCCCGAGCCGUGGUGCAGCAGAGCUGUCUUGCUGCCAGCGUGGACAGCACGGGUGCAGCUGCCCCCAAGCCUGUGUUGGGCCGAGAGGGUGUGUUGGACCACGGGCUCUGUCUGGUCAGAGCCAGCCAGGCUCGCUCGGACUUACCGAGCCUCUGCUUGACCCCCGUCAGUGCUGCUGCGACGUGACGGCAGUUUGGCCGCGUGGUUCUGCAGCGCGCGAUCCUACUUGGCACGGGGCGAGCUGACGGUAGCGCAAGAGAUGUUCCAAGGAUGUGUUCCCUCGGGAUCCCGAAUACCGAGGCCUGUGGGCAUCGUGUCAGUAUUUCAGUGAGGAAGUCUUAAUUGUUGUGCAGUAGUUGUCAUCCUGGCCCCACGGACAGCUGGCAGUGCUCUCCGUUGGUGCCUACAAGGCACAGGCGGUGGGGUCUCCAGUAAGUGUCUUAGUUUCAGCUCACGGUGUGGGUGCGCCGGCGGGGUCCCGGCAGACCCCCAAGGAGACGGCACGUCCUCUGCUCAGCAGGCUGCCGAGAUGGCACUGGCUGGCUCUGGAGGAGUCCCUGUCCAGUCCACCUUGGUCCGGACGCGAGGGGACGAGCGGAUGUAACGCUCAGAGGAAGCAGUUCCUCAGAGCUGUCACGGCCCCGCUUGGUCCCUGGAACAAAAUCAGGGAGAGCAGCGGUUGGUCGUGUGGAUAAAAGAGAAUUCGCCAAAAUACACGUGAAGUGUCCUGGCCCGUCUGCGGAGACGGGUCAGGACAUCAAGGGCGUUGCUGACACCGGGCUGCAUCCUUUGAUUCCUAGCUGUCGGCGGUGCUCGGCCUCUGGCGUUUCCCGCAGCAAAGAGCGGCGCCGGGGCCUGGGCCUGAGGCAGCUCGUAGACCGGCCGGCAAAGGGACGGGGCCGCCAGGCUGGAGCCCAGCGCGGUCGCAGUAGGGUAGGGAGCUCGCCCCAGAGUGACGUAGGCUGUCUGUGUCUUGAGGUCCCCAUGGGGCACGGCGUGGCUGACGCCCCGGUACGGGACCGGUGUGGAGCUGUAGUUAGGUAGGAUUUGACUUCUCCGAUCUCUCUCUCUCCCUUCUGCCGCCCUCGCACUGAGCGUGUCCUGAGCACGUGCGCUGUAGGAGGGACCUGUUGUGAGCCCGUGUGCUAGUGAGGUGUCAGUGGUAGUCUGUGGUGUUGGGUUUGUUUGGUUUUUCCCCACCGGUUUCUCAGAAGAGCUUGAGCAGGUUCGGCUGGACACGGGUCGCUUUGCCAUUCGCACGCCUGCAGCAGGGCCUUGGAGAUCCCAGUGCCCCGGUCACGACCCGAUAGCCCCUCUUGGCCCGGGACGGGGUGGACACGGGCAUGCCAUGCCCAGACCGGGCAGAUGCCAUCCCCGUUGUCCUGCCUCACCCAGGGCAGCCCCUUCAUCCCUGUUGUUUGCCCAUUAAACAUCCCUGUGACGUCCGGAGGAACCGGAUUGUCCGGGUGAUCCCAGGAAGGAUGGUCACCCCGUGGCAGGCCCCUUUGGUCCAGCCCCGGCGCCCGACAGACUCGGUCUGGGGCUGCGUCUCAUUGGGACGGCGAUGCAGGCCACGACCGGCGUGUCUCCACCGGGUGCCGGGGCAGCCUCUCGCCAAAGAGCUGCGGGGCGGCUGGUGCUCGGGCGCCUCGGAGCCAUCUAGCAGUGGGGUCCUGGAGCAAGAGGAGCUCUGCCGACGGACAAGCUCGGGGUGUCCCCUGGACCGGGGCGUCCCCCCAGGACACGGCCGUUUCUUUAGGGUCUGCCGUCCCCGUUGCAGGUAGGGUAGAGCGACCCCCGGGCCGAGGGGCUGCACUAGGCCCCGUGUCCGCAACAAGGGCUCAAGCGGGACUGACGCGGUGCCUGAGCCUCGCGUCGGCCCCUGCACGGGCGCGUUUCUCUCGUAGCGAAGGGUAUCGUGUAUCGCUGCGUUCAAAUAUUACCUCAGCCUUCGAGCCUUGAAGAACUAGCGUAGAGCAGAGCUCUCCUCCGAGCAGCAGCGGAGAGAGCCGGAAAGAGAACAAAUGUCGAUAUUAGUUGUUCUGAGCCAUAAAAUUAGGAAAAGAUUGCGGCUAGGGAAACUCGACCCUCUGCUAAUUAAAAACUCAGUGCGGUGCUGCUCAGUUCCUUCUGUUCAUUGGAUACAGGGAAACCAAACUGCUUGAAUAUUUCUGGGUCGUUCAUUGUGAAAUGAAUUCCUGACAGCAGCGGUUUAACUGUCGUAUCAUGAAAAUGGAAAAGAGAAACCUUUUAUGCAGUUGCAAAAUGUUUUUUAAGAUGCUAUGCAUUUUUGUUGGGCUAUUGAAAGUGAAUUUACUGUGUAUUAAUCUUAUGAAUGUUAUUACCUUUUAUAUUUAUUUUAGAUGGCCCUCCUGUAUUUUACAAAGGGAAGUUUCAUUGUGUGAUAACUUAGUCUGUAUUCUUAAUAUAAUUUGUUAAAUAAAAGUUUGUUUUAACCA